CGGCAUUGCCGUCACAGACUCUUUGUACAAAAUAUUGUAAAGCUGAUGGCUUACUCUGAUUAGUAAGCCGAAUCUAAAUGUAAACUUAGCAGUAACCCUUUUUUUGAUUCUCUUUGUUUCUGAUUCUUGUUUGAAUUCUUUGUCGUUUUUGUCAUUUGUUAUUCCAUUUUUUGUAAAGGUCCUUCUAUUUUCGUGUUAAUGGUUCCGUUAUUCUCCGCUAGUCAAGCGGCAUGGCAGUUCUAUAGCGGAACUUCGCGCAUUUUGUCGCGGUAUUCAUUCAUUUGUGUAGCGCGUUUUUCGCCUCGGCUUUCUUUGUCACGUGGAAUUUAAACAUGUUCGGUGUUAACGGUUAUGCGGGGUAAUUUGAAGCCGACGUGGGAUCAUUGUUAUGGGAUAAACGUGAAUGCUAACCGUCCCAACUGCGCUACACACCUAAUUUUCGUCAAAAACGGGCCCACGUUGAUUGCCCUCUUUCCUGUUUCUUAAGUUAAGACGAGCACUAGUUGUGCUCUUUGUUGUUACUUAAGGAGACCCCUAACCAUUUGAUACUGGCUUGUCCCUCUUUUCAUUUCCAAACGCUCUUUUCCUGGAAUUAGAAAUAUGGUGAAAACAAGGGGAAAGAAGCUUCCGAUCUCGUUUCUCUACACCUUCUUCGUUCUUCUCAUUCCCCGUCUCAUUUCUGCAUCCUACAGCAUUGUUGACGAUUGUGAUGAAAUUUAUAAUUACUGGGAACCUCUACAUUACCUUGUGUUCGGACAGGGAAUGCAGACAUGGGAGUAUUCUCCUGAGCAUGCUAUUCGUAGUUGGUUCUAUGUCACAUUGCAUGCCAUUCCAGUGAAAAUUGGAAGUCUGUUAGGCUUAAAUCGUGUGCACUUGUUCUAUCUCCUGCGCAUGGUGCUUGCUGCUGUUUCUGCCUUCUGUGAGUCGCGUCUUGUCGUUGCCGUAGCUCGUAACUUCAACCGUGCCGUUGCGUUGCACAUGGUAGCAAUUCUGCUGCCCAAUGCUGGAAUGUGGGCGGCAAGCACAAGCUUUUUGCCGUCGUCCUUCGCGAUGUACGCUGUGAUGUUGGCUCUUUCGUAUCAGUUGAGUCCUCCUUCGACUUCUCGUACGGUUAAGGUCGUUGCCUGUAUCGUUGUUGGCGCUGUCGUCGGUUGGCCUUUCUGUGCUGCUCUUAUCGCACCGUUUAUGCUUUUGGAGUUGUAUGAUGCUACACGUUAUUUCCCAGUCUUGAUGGCCCGCUGGGUUAAGGCUGGCUUGAUUACUUUAGCUAUCUGUGCUGUUUGCAUUGUGAUCGACUCGCUCUUUUAUGGCCGUCUUCAGUUUGUUGCUUGGAACAUUGUGAGAUACAACGUAUUUUCGUCCAAUAGUGGUCCUGAUCUCUAUGGAACAGAACCCUGGUACUAUUAUUUGGCUAAUUUGGUUUUGCAACACAACUUCAUUAUUCUGUUCGCUCUUGUUUGUGCUCCCCUUGUCUUGCUUGCUUCUUUGACAGGCUGGAUGAACUUCGACUCGCUUGUCGAUUUAACUGCUGUUACUGCACCCUUUUACUUAUGGUUGGGUAUCUUUACACUCCAACCUCACAAGGAGGAGCGUUUUAUGUACCCUGCAUAUCCGGUUUUGUGUUUAACGGCUGCCAUUGGUCUUGAUCUUUCUCUGAAGCUUUCAAUGCAAUGCGUCUGUUACAUUGCACGUAUCAACAGAGCACGAUUCCCUACUAAAACACUCGUCUUUUUAGUUUAUCUUGUUACUGGGUUGCUCGGUGUUUCUAGAAUUGUUGCUACGAUGAACUACGCUUCUCCGAUGGACCUUUAUGCUUCUAUCCCUACUCCUGAAGAAGGAAAAGCCCGUGUUUGUGUUGGAAAGGAAUGGUACCGUUAUCCUUCUUCCUUUUUCUUGCCCGACCAUACCGAGCUUCGUUUCCUCAAAUCCGAGUUUGACGGAAUUUUGCCUGGUGAAUUUAAGGAGCCUACGAGUAGCAGAUUUUGGGACCGUCCCGGAAUCCGGGACAUUCCUGAACACAUGAAUGAUUUGAAUUUGGAAGAGCCUUCUAGAUAUGUGCCGAUCGACACUUGUGACUACAUUGUUGAUUCUUUAUUCUCUUACACAAAGGCUACGGAGCGUGAACCUAUUUACGCGCAACAACCAGGCUGGCGUGUUAAGGAGGUACGCCCGUUUAUUGACACUCAGAAUUCGAAAUUUAUUGGCCGUGCAUAUGCUUUCCCCCUUAUGGAGCCGAAAUACGGGCUUUACCAAUUACUCGUAAAGGACUCUAAUGCUACUAAGCGGAUUCAUGAAGAAGCGAAGUCUACCUUUUAGGAAGCACCAGAGAAUGUUGAAAUAAAAAAGGAAGAGGGAGAAUAUGGAUAGUAAUGGAAAACAUGGGCAGCAAUGAAAAUGCCUAUAUACAAGGUUCAUUUGCAUUUACGACCGUAGCAUUUGACUUAGCAAUUUCAUUUUAUUGAAUGGGCGUACUUGUAGUUGUUCAUAAAUUUGUUAUU